GGGCCCUUGUCCGGCGGGAGGAGAGAGGCGCGCCCCACCCGGGCUCCUCUACACCUGCCGCCGCCUGGGCCGAUUCCGCGGGCCGAUUCCGCGGGCCUCGCCCGGCGCUUCAGCCGAUUCCCGCCCAGCUCCGGGCUCAUGGGCGCGGUCAGCAGGGCGGGCCAGAGCGGCGGGGCGCGACACUGGGAGGAAGUGCGGGCCGCCUGCCCGGGCGCGUUAAGGAAGUUGCCCAAAAUGAGGAAGAGCCGCGGGCCCGGCGGCUGAGGCCAUCCCGGCGGCGGCGGGAGAGCGAGGAGGAGCGGGUGGCCCCGCGCUGCGCCCGCCCUCGCCUCACCUGGCGCAGGUGGACACCUGCACAGGUGUGUGCCCUCCGGCCCCUGAAGCAUGGCCAGCAGCGGCAUGGCUGACAGCGCCAACCACCUGCCCUUCUUUUUCGGCAACAUCACCCGGGAGGAGGCAGAAGAUUACCUGGUCCAGGGGGGCAUGAGUGAUGGGCUUUAUUUGCUGCGCCAGAGCCGCAACUACUUGGGCGGCUUCGCCCUGUCCGUGGCCCACGGGAGGAAGGCACACCACUACACCAUCGAGCGGGAGCUGAAUGGCACCUACGCCAUCGCCGGUGGCAGGACCCAUGCCAGCCCCGCCGACCUCUGCCAGUACCACUCCCAGGAGUCUGAUGGCCUGGUCUGCCUCCUCAAGAAGCCCUUCAACCGGCCCCAAGGGGUGCAGCCCAAGACUGGGCCCUUUGAGGAUUUGAAGGAAAACCUCAUCAGGGAAUAUGUGAAGCAGACAUGGAACCUGCAGGGUCAGGCUCUGGAGCAGGCCAUCAUCAGUCAGAAGCCUCAGCUGGAGAAGCUGAUCGCUACCACAGCCCAUGAAAAAAUGCCUUGGUUCCAUGGAAAAAUCUCUCGGGAAGAAUCUGAGCAAAUUGUCCUGAUAGGAUCAAAGACAAAUGGAAAAUUCCUGAUCCGAGCCAGAGACAACAACGGCUCCUACGCCCUGUGCCUGCUGCACGAAGGGAAGGUGCUGCACUAUCGCAUCGACAAAGACAAGACAGGGAAGCUCUCCAUCCCCGAGGGAAAGAAGUUCGACACGCUCUGGCAGCUAGUCGAGCAUUAUUCUUAUAAAGCAGAUGGUUUGUUAAGAGUUCUUACUGUCCCAUGUCAAAAAAUCGGCACACAGGGAAAUGUUAAUUUUGGAGGCCGUCCACAACUUCCAGGUUCCCAUCCUGCGUCCUCCCCUGCCCAAGGGAACCGGCAAGAGAGUACUGUGUCAUUCAAUCCGUAUGAGCCAGAACUUGCACCCUGGGCUGCAGAAAAAGGCCCCCAGAGAGAAGCCCUACCCAUGGACACAGAGGUGUACGAGAGCCCCUACGCGGACCCCGAGGAGAUCAGGCCCAAGGAAGUUUACCUGGACCGAAAGCUGCUGACGCUGGAAGACAAAGAACUGGGCUCUGGUAAUUUUGGAACUGUGAAAAAGGGCUACUACCAAAUGAAAAAAGUUGUGAAAACCGUGGCUGUGAAAAUACUGAAAAAUGAGGCCAAUGACCCCGCUCUUAAAGAUGAGUUAUUAGCAGAAGCAAAUGUCAUGCAGCAGCUGGACAACCCGUACAUCGUGCGCAUGAUCGGGAUAUGCGAGGCCGAGUCCUGGAUGCUGGUUAUGGAAAUGGCAGAACUUGGUCCCCUCAAUAAGUAUUUGCAGCAGAACAGACAUGUCAAGGAUAAGAACAUCAUAGAACUGGUUCAUCAGGUUUCCAUGGGCAUGAAGUACUUGGAGGAGAGCAAUUUUGUGCACAGAGAUCUGGCUGCAAGAAAUGUGUUGCUAGUUACCCAACAUUACGCCAAGAUCAGUGAUUUCGGACUUUCCAAAGCACUGCGUGCUGAUGAAAACUACUACAAGGCCCAGACCCAUGGAAAGUGGCCUGUCAAGUGGUACGCUCCGGAAUGCAUCAACUACUACAAGUUCUCCAGCAAAAGCGAUGUCUGGAGCUUUGGAGUGUUGAUGUGGGAAGCAUUCUCCUAUGGGCAGAAGCCAUAUCGAGGGAUGAAAGGAAGUGAAGUCACCGCUAUGUUAGAGAAAGGAGAGCGGAUGGGGUGCCCUGCAGGGUGUCCAAGAGAGAUGUACGAUCUCAUGAAUCUGUGCUGGACAUACGAUGUGGAAAACAGGCCCGGAUUCGCAGCAGUGGAACUGCGGCUGCGCAAUUACUACUAUGACGUGGUGAACUAACCGCUCCCGCACCUGUCGGUGGCUGCCUUUGAUCACAGGAGCAAUCACAGGAAAAUGUAUCCAGAGGAAUUGAUUGUCAGCCACCUCCCUCUGCCAGUCGGGAGAGCCAGGCUUGGAUGGAACAUGCCCACGACUUGUCACCCAAAGCCUGUCCCAGGACUCACCCUCUACAAAGCAAAGGCAGUCCCGGGAGAAAAGACGGAUGGCAGGAUCCAAGGGGCUAGCUGGAUUUGUUUUCUUGUCUGUGUGAUUUUCAUACAGGUUAUUUUUACGAUCUGUUUCCAAAUCCCUUUCAUGUCUUUCCACUUCUCUGGGUCCUGGGGUGCAUUUGUUACUCAUCGGGCCCAGGGACAUUGCAGAGUGGCCUAGAGCACUCUCACCCCAAGCGGCCUUUUCCAAAUGCCCAAGGAUGCCUUAGCAUGUGACUCCUGAAGGGAAGGCAAAGGCAGAGGAAUUUGGCUGCUUCUAUGGCCAUGAGACUGAUCCCUGGCCACUGAAAAGCUUUCCUGACAAUAAAAAUGUUUUGAGGCUUUAAAAAGAAAA